UGUACAAACCAAAACGGCUGGUAUCAGAGUUAAAGUGCGCGUUCCUGGUCCAGGGAAGGGUCGCUCCCAAAAACGUGCUCGUCCCCGUGAGUCACGUGAUGACGUCUCAAUUCUAGCUUCUCAAAGAUUUCCCAGUAAGCGACUGGCGGACAGUAAAGAUGGCGACGGAGCUUACAGUGUGUACGAGUUCCCGGCCAAGAUGACGACGAGAAGAUUAGUAACUUUCGAGCCGCGGCGUUGACAGCGCUCACUUUAAAGACCCUGCGGCGGAGGCUCGCGAACUUGCCGACUUUGGCGGUAGUUAAACAAAUCUAGCGGACACGACACCGGCGCGCGGACAUAUCGUUGCUUUCGCCAUGGAGGAUAUCAACUCAAACAUAAACGCGGACUUGGAGGUGCGGAAGCUUCAAGACUUGGUGAAGAAACUCGAACAGCAGAACGAGCAGCUCCGGAGCCGAUCCAGCCUUCUCUCCUCCUCUUCUUCCGGUGGACUGUCGGGGAACACCAGACCUGUGAGCGCCGGUUAUGAUUGUCCGGGAGCGGCGGCUGCGCUCGCCGGGUUCACUGGGGUGGGGUUCGGCGGAUCGAGGGGCUUCGGUGGGGUAUUGGAGAUCUCCCGCCUGAGCCCCAGACGAUCAUAUCACGGCAGCAGUUACGGAGGGGGUUAUGACAGUGACAGCGCUUCUUGUGCAGCCGCGAACACGAGCCUCGCGUCUUAUUACGAUUCGCUGGAUUUUAUCGAAGACGGAGAAACUUCGGUGCUGGACGAGGUGGAGAUUCUCGAUUUGGAGGACAUGGAUUGCCUGAACGAAGAGGAAGACAGCUGGUUGUAUGAAGCUAAAUUGAACAGCCCUCUGCAGAAAGGAUUGAGCCCCAUUGUGUGGUGCAGACAGGCUCUGGAUAACCCCAGUCCUGAUAUGGAGUCUGCCAAACGCUCUCUCUUACACAGACUCGACCUUACCAUGUCAGCAAACAAGCGGAGGAGUCUUUACAACAAUUCCUACAGUCCUCAAGUGGGCUACGGAAGCCCAUACAGCACAAACACAGCAAACAGUCCUUACAGCAGUGGCUUUAACUCCCCGUCCUCCACUCCAUCUAGAGUGCCUAUCGUCAAGCAGCUCGUUCUGCCUGGCAGCGCAGGUCACCAGCGUGGAUCAGCUGACAGAAACGCACAGGCAGUGAGCCCGCAGUCAUCAGUAGACAGUGAGCUAAGCACAUCAGAGAUGGACGAAGACUCUGUCGGUUCAUCGACCACAUAUAAACUCAAUGACGUCACCGAUGUGCAGAUACUCGCCCGCAUGCAGGAAGAGAGCUUAAGGCAAGAAUAUGCUGCGACAGCGUCACGUCGUAGCUCUGGUUCAUCGUGUCAGUCGCUGCGACGGGGAACUCUGAGUGACCAGGAGCUGGAUGCACAGAGCCUGGACGAUGAUGAGGAGGCGGUCCACCAUUCCUACCACACACCUGUCAACCGCUUCAGCCCCUCCCCUCGGCACUCGCCCCGCGUCUCCCCCAGGAACUCGCCCAGAUCCCGCUCACCCGCCCGCUCUUUAGAGUACAGCCGUGGAUCUCCCCAACCAAUCAUCAGCCGCCUUCAGCAGCCCCGCCACUCUCUGCAAGGCCACGAUACGCAGACCAAUGCCAUUAAGAACGAAGAGAAGCUGAGACGGAGUCUACCUAACCUCACACGAUCUAGCUCUGGACCGACUGCAGAGCCGGUCAAAAACAGCAGGAGCUGUGAGUCAAACCUGCAAGUGCCAAACGGAGGAUCACCCAGACACCAGAGUCAGUCUGCCACAUCACAACAAAGGCUGUCCGCACCUGCUCGCUCCUCGCCAAAACCAAAAGAGAGACUCCAGAGCCCUACGUCUCUACGAGUUCCUCUCUCGUGUUGCUUUGGAGAGGAAACAGAUUUCAUGCCCUCUUCCAGUAAAUUGCGGACUCCUGCCGCCCCGUCUCCCUUGGCUCUCCGUCAGCCCAUGAAGGUCAUGUCUAAUCAUGGUUCAGGCACAGCCACGCCCACACGCUCUAUGGCCCCGCCCCGCAGCGGCCUGCCACGCCCCGCCACCAAUGCUGGAGGAGGUUUACCAGUGCCUCGCAGCAAACUGGUCCAGCCUGUGCGCAGGUCUCUGCCAGCUCCGAGGACAUACAGUGGUAUCAGAGACGAGAGCUGGAGAGAGGGCUGCUACUGAGCGUGCCCAGAAAACCAGCAGCACAAAACGGGCUUUCAGUUCAACCUGGCACUUUAUAGAGAUACGUCUUUAACCCCCACAAAUAAAGAGACCCAUUCUUCCAAACAAACGAUUCUGUCCUCAGUUAAUGUUGCAGAGUUCUCAUCCCAGCAGGAUAGAUGUGGAAGGCAGACUGAACGCCACAGAAUGCCAAAGAACAAAAAUAAAAAGACUGGGAUUCGCCCUCACCUACCAAACAGCACCUGUACUACAAAUGGCUCCAAAUCCACAAUCCUGCUUGCAAAUGCCCUCAAAACCCACUAUAGAAGAACAUCAAGUAACUUGUUUCCUCUGUAACAGCAUUAGUGGGGAUCCCUAGUGAGCACAUACAAAUUGACCUUAACCUUUGGCUGGAGUGGGAAAGGUUUGUACGGAGACAAAGAGUCCACAUGGCAACUGCAUUCUGUCAGAAUGUCUUUCAUAUCUAUGUGAUCUCUUAUUUAUUUGAAAUCAUUAUUUAAAAUAUUACUUUCAAAGAGUAUUCAUACAGUAUUUGGUCUUUUUAAAUAUAUAUGUUUACUAAUCUUUAUUUUUGGGCUUUUUAUUUCUGAAUGUCAUUGUUAAACCUCAACUGCAAAGCUAUGUUUCCAAAGCAUUUUAAAUGUCCAAAUAAUGGAUGCAUUUCAGUCUUUGAACAAGUGUAUGUAGUUUGAGCCCUCAGAUACGCAGCAGGAUUGAUGCUUUCGCUUAUUUUAAAAGACGACACAAAUCAACGAGACACGAAUCGGUGAAAAGUUUGUGUCAAAUUUCAUGGAUCGUGUUUGUAUGUCCCAACUGGAAAUUGGGAAAUUCAUUGAAUAUAAACGCCUGAGACUUCAUGAGGUGAACUGUUGUAUCGUCAAACGUUGUUCAUCGAUCGAUGUCUCGGUGGCAAAGGUCAUAAAAAGAUUGUGGUUGUGUGGGUGAAGUGUAGUGCUUCUGUACUAAUUUUGGGAAUUUCCAGGUCAUGUUAUUUGUCGUCAUUCUCAGUGAAAUAUUUGAUAAAAGGGCAAGAAAACAAAAUGGCAAUUGAAUAGGAGUGCCACUUGAACGUAUGGAGAUGAUAUCUAGAUGCACACAAGCAUACUAUCGAGACUGCGCAAGUUCGUUUAAAAAUGAGUGCCUAUAAUUUAUGAAUUUCUGUGAUUGCUACAAAUGUUUUUUGUUUUUUUUAGUUUGUUUGUGCCAAUUGAUUUUUUUUUUGCCAAUAUUAUUUACUUCAGGGUUCUUUGCAUUUCUUGCUCAAGUUUUGUUUGAUUUUUUGUAAUUGCUUUGAUAACAUUUAUAUUUGCUUUUUUGUAACAAAGAUAUGUUAUAAAAGCCCCUUGAUAUUUAUGACAAAUACUAUGCGCUGAUAAGAGGCUUAUUUAUUAAACGGUGAGAUGCCUCCGUGUGCUGAGAUAUAGAGUUAGUGGGAUGCUUGAGCCUAGUAUGGUCAUGAAUACAUGGCAUAUAAACAUUUUGUGGAUUGUUUUUUUUGGUAAAGACUUUUAUAUCUCCACAAACAUGAUGCUCGGUUUCCCCCGCGUUGAAUCAUUUCAAAUAAAAGCUGAAAAAAGC